CCGCUAUAAACUCCCUCUAAGACUGUAAGACUUACUGUGGCGUAGUGUAGUGGCACUAUGUCACGAGAUACUGUGUCCGCUGUGACCUGUGUGUCCAGCAUGGCAUCUGCGGAAGCAGUGUGCCUGUGUUGCUAUGUUGCCGAUAGUUAGUUGGUUUUGUGCGCCCUCAGUGGCGGGUUAAUAUUAAAGAUAUUACGCCACCUUCAAGUCGUGACAACUUGGCGUGAAGGAUGAGAUAAUGGCGGUAGAUAUGUGAGAGUGUACACUGCGGUUACUGCCUGAAUCAUGCUGACGAGGAGCGAGGGGCGAGGGAGAGGCACAUCAACUCCAUCCAUCGGAUGUAAAGCGUGGAGUACUGGGAACGAGCGCCUGAAUCGUGGAUGGGAUCCACGAGGGAAAGCAGGGCGGGAGGAGAAGUGCCGCACCUGUGGAGGCAGCUGGGAAAACCGCGUGUGUGUGGCGGACGAGUACCAUGCUUCUGGAAGGCCCGUGACCAUGAAGCGUCUGCUUAAGGCUGCCCAGCCAGGGAAGAGAACUCGUUUCGGCGGCGCACCAGGAGAAAAGGGCGAAGCCUGGAGACCGAUGGUUCCUUCAUGGCAGAGGGUUGAGCGAAGCAGGACAACUGUGAGUGAGUUUGACCUUCGCCAGCAAGGGAGAAUUAGCGAGUUGUCGGGCGAACUAUUCGCCCCUCUUUUGAGCUAUCUUCGGACAGGAAAGCUUGUUGUCACAGAGCGCGAUAAUAUUCAACUGUUAUACACCGAAGCCGAAUUCUACAAUCUCGAGCGUCUCCAAAAAGAGCUCCGACCGCACCUGAAUCAGUACGACAAUAAGGAUGACAAAAUAGUGCAGAUCUCAGCCAGUGGUCCCACUUCGAAUUUGUCCCGGAUGGACGUCGUCCGCGCCCUGAUGGUCUCUCCCUCUACACAGGAGCUACGUUUUCAGGGGAUGAAUUUUGAAGGCUGUGAUUUGUCCCGUCUGGAUCUCCGCAAUAUUAACUUCAAAAUGAGCAAUCUUCGAGGGGCGAAUCUGAGUUAUGCUAAUAUAUCGGGCGCCAACUUUGAUCGAGCGGAUUUGACGGAUGCCGUGUGCGAUCACGCAGUUCUAUUCGGCGUAAAAUUACCCUGUGCCGUGAUGGAACGGUGUUCGUUGCAGAAUGUUAACGCGGAUGAUCCAGCGGGAUCGCGUGCUAAUUUUGAGAAUGUGAAUUUGAGGAACGCUCGACUGGACAACAGUCAGCUGAAUGGAGCGAAUUUCCGGGUGGCGAAUUUGAAGUUUGCUAGUAUGAAGAAUUGCGAGCUGAAACAAGCAUCAUUUCCUGGAGCGAAUCUGGAGCAGUGUGAUCUGAGUGGGAGUAACCUUUAUGAAGCAAAUUUACGCGGAGCCAACCUCGUCGAUACUAAUUUUGGGCACUUGGCGAAUGCGCUGCAUAUGUCGCAGACAAUAUGAUCUCCUUUAUAUUUUUCUCUGAAUAUAGUUUUAGCAGAAAGGAUGAUCGUUCGUCAGACUCGGGGUUGUUAUAAUGUAUGUUCAGUGUUCACGUUCUGGUAAUCUUCAAGUGCUUACUGAAACCGAAAUCUUUAGAUUCACGGUUUAUCUGGCGUAGGUCACGGGAACUGCGAAGUUUUAAAUAUUCUCUUUAAAUAAAUAAUAAGUAAUGAAUAGCAUUUCUGCUUUGCCUCUUCCAAGUUAAUUUGUGAUAACAUGAUGAGUAACGUGGUGUGCAUCGUUUCUCUU